GGACAAAACAACCCCACACCAAACUUGAUGACUUUCACCUUCCACUUGCACAUGCCCCCAGCUCUCUAACCCUCCUCGGGCACGCGGGAUCCAUCUUUUCCACAUGACUCGGGUCUCGACAAUAGCAACUCAAGUUGGGAACUUCUUCACCGCAAACUAAACGUGUCAAUAUUGUGAACAAGCCAUCUAGAGUUUGCGGCAUUACCAACGAAUCCUUGUGCGCAAACGUCGAGAAAAGCAAAUAAACAGACUUGUUUUAAUCAUUGCUUUUGCGCUCGGCCUCUCUCUGACGCUACAGACACGCGGGCCAUCGGCUUUCGGCUGUUGAUACUCACCCCUGACGUGACAAUUCAACUACGGAGUACGGAUACUACAUCCUCAACUACACACAGACAGCAUCAUAUUGCGAAAGGAACACCAGCCUGGAUUCAGCCGCAAUAACCCGUUCAGCAAAUCUCUUCCAACCCACCUCUACGAUGGCUUCUCACGCUAGCACUCCACACAUCACCAUCCUGGGCUCUCUCAACAUGGAUCUCGUUUCCUAUGUCCCACAUCAUCCCCUUCCUGGUGAAACCCUCACCUCAAACCAUUUCAACACUUCGCCAGGCGGUAAGGGCGCUAAUCAAGCUGUUGCUUGUGGCAAGCUCUCUCGAGACUCGGACCUGUCCAAUCCUUCGGCUGUCGUCUCUAUGGUGGGUGCUGUUGGCGCCGAUCCUUAUGGCACCCUCCUGCUUGACAGCCUUCGCUCCUUUGGCGUUGCUGUCGAUUCUGUAGCCAUCCGCCAAGACCAGAAGUCUGGCUUAGCUAUCAUCAUCGUGGAUGAGCCCUCUGGCCAGAACCGUAUUAUCUUGUCUCCUGAAGCCAAUCACUCUCUUCAGCCUGCUGAGUUUGAGACCCUCCCUGGCCCCCGUCCUGACCUUCUGAUCAUGCAGCUCGAAAUUCCUUUCGAUACUGUCAUGCAAGCUUUGAAAGCUGCCAAAAAGGAUGGUGUUCCUGUCCUUCUCAACCCAGCACCGGCUCAGCCCUUGCCUAUGGAUGCCUACGAUGGGCUAGCCCAUCUCGUUGUUAAUGAGACCGAGGCCGCCAUUCUUGCAGAUUGUGCUGAGUCUGAGCUUGAUGACCUUCAAGGCUUGGACCGCAUUGGCCGUGUCUUCAUUGAUCGCGGAGUCCACAAUGUCAUCAUCACCCUUGGAGGCCGUGGUGUCUAUUUCGUCAAUAAACAAGGCCAGAGCGCAUUGCUUCCGGCGACUAAGACGACCGUAGUGGACACCACAGCCGCGGGUGAUACCUUUGUUGGUUCUUACGCCCUGGCCGUUGUAGCCGCCAAAGAUGGCCAAUUUAAUAUUGAAGCAGCUGUUGCGGCAGCCAAUCGAGCAGCUGCCUUGACUGUUGCGCGAAAGGGUGCUCAGAUUUCUAUCCCCUGGAAAGACGAACUUUAGACAAGGUAGCAAUACCGCUUUCUUCGUAGACAAUCCAACAAAAAGCAUUCGAAUCUCACUACGUGUACAGUUUCUCCAUUUCGUCUACUACCUGGGUCAGUCUAGAACCAUGCCGCCCAUCCCCAUCUGCUUGCAUCCUUUUUGCCUCUGCUACGCGUUGGCGAUGCUGCUCGGGGCUCCUCCACUUCCCGCUCCCUUGUCGUUAUGGACAAACCCGCCAUCAAAGGGAAUAAGCCCCUGAGGGUGUCAGCGCCGAGUGACCGCCUCUUCCACAACGUGCUGCUGUCAGAUUUGCCAGAAAAGGUUCUUCGGUUUCGAGUAGCAGGAAUAUCACUUCCAUCUCGGGUGUGUUCUUCUUUCGGUCGUGUAUGGGCCGAAUUGUUCACCCCCGCGCCCCUAAUGGUUUUCGGCCCUGGCAGACCUUCACGACUCUGCCUCGACAAGUAGCUUGAUGCAUAGCUACCACAUCUGGAUGACCCUUGUCUCAAUCUCUGAUGAGAUUGAGAGUGCAUUUCUCUAUCAUCGAGAUCGCCCUCGGUACAGCCUCGUUGAAGGCUUGCCUUUCUGAGAGGAAUCCGAGGCGUAGGGCUAUGAUUCCAAGCGGGCUUGACAUGUGUGCUAUAAUCAGUUUUUUCUGAAUGCUUCUGUUGCAAACAGUACGUUUGCUCUGAAUCCUUGGAGCCGUAUUUUGCUGCAGCAACUUGUGCCAUUACCUUCCUGGCGUUCGUGGCCCCCCAGUGUCUCUCUACCAGUGGCAAUAGUGGGUUGGAUCUUGAAACCGGAGGAGGAGACCAAAGCGACAUGGCAUUGUGGAGUUUCACGGAGGCUGUGGCUACCGUCUCAAUCUUGCUGUGCAUGCUGAACAUGUCGUCCUCCACAAUUCCCAUAUCUUGACACAUGGGAAACGCCGAAUUUCGAUAUGACAGCCGCACGGUCAUGUAGCUCACUGUAGAAUCACCCAACUCCUCCUUAAGCGCUUCUAUCAGGUCGUCCGAUUCUAACCGUGAACACUUCUGUCUGCAUCGCCGCAUACCCUUUGAGACACGGACCUGCACUUGAGCUAGAAGAAAGAUGCUUGAUCCGGGGUCCAAGCGGUGACUAUUCCCGUGAAUCAGCGUGCGCCUUGACCAGUAUGGCAAUAUCGUUCGUUUGUGUACUUACAUGGGAAAGGGCUGUUCCUGAAGAAUGCGAAUAACUGAGGAUUCUUCCGUUGGCAGAAUUUGGACGUCCAAAUCGUUGAGACCACCAUCAUCGUAAAUAUCCCCUGCUAUUUAUGCCGUCAGUACCUGUUUGUUCAAGAAAGGGGCUUUCAUGUGUACUCUCUUGGUCACGUUGCGUCAAGCCAGCAAGAUCCGUGAACAGAUCUGGCCGCUCCUGACAGGCCCCUGGUUGACAUUUCAUCGCACUUUCAGACCAACGUCUGACUGAGACCUCGAUAGCCACCCAAAAUCUAUGGCAACCUUCUUCGAUGGCGGUGGCCUCGGGUGUGAUGGUAAUCUGGGGUGUUGACCAACGUUCCAACCUUGGCCAAGGCAGUGUCUUGGAGGGCUCGGUCAGUGCCACAAGUGGACUUCUUCUGAAUAGUGGUGACUCCUCUUCUCGGCUUGUUGCAUGAGGCGCCAGCGGUAACUCUGCAUUAGACAUAAAAGCCCUGUCAUACAUAUUGGUCAGAGGUGGGCGGACCUUGACUGAACGCCGCAGAUCAUACGCCCCAGGCAAUUCACUUGAUGUCGAGGUGGAAAAUGGGUAUCCUUGUCCCAAUUGACCCCCGGGCUGUGGGCGCGUCUGUCUCGUCUUCCUGACUGAUAGCUGGGGUGAGGGCGUGACCCCCAAGCGUAGGGGUGGACUACCAUCACUCUGCACCUAGCAUUUGGCUUCGCGCAAGGUUCGACUGCCUUGUUCUCCCAUACCCGGGUCAUCAUGUGGCCAUCUUGAGUUUUCUUUGUCUGCAUCUGCUUGUCCUGGGUUGAUCUUGCGCCUCUUGGCGACUGUAAGAGACCCGUCCCCUUGAAUUGACCGCCUGUAUUUAGAGCUACCUUGGUUAGAUUGAUUUGCCGUAUGUCGCUUAUACAUGCUCUCGUUAGCCUUCACAAUUCUCAAAGGACUCGGCUUUUCGUAGACAAAGCUGGGAUCAGAGGGGCAAGUGCCCCAGAAGGGCAGACCUUCGUAACUUGGGUUCGACAUCGUGAUAUAUAUUGUAAUGGCGGAUGAGACUGGUCCUUCACGAUAAUGUGUAUCUCUGGUUCUUUUAAGUAGUGAAAUGGAAUCGGUGAGCCUUUUAUUUGGGCCUUUGCAAGUCUCCUAUAGUUUAU